AUGAAAAAAGAUGGAGGUUGGAGACUCUGUGUAGACUACAGAUCUCUAAAUGGUAUAACUAUCAAAGAUACAUAUCCAUUACCAAACAUCACUGAAGUUCUUAACAAUACAAGAGAUGGUGUUCUCUUCUCUAAAAUUGAUCUACUCCAAGGUUACCACCAGAUUAGAGUUCAUGAGAAUGAUCAAUCUAAGACAGCAUUUCAAACUUCAUUCGGUGUAUUCCAAUAUACUGUAUUACCAUUUGGACUCACAAACGCACCAGCGUGUUUUCAGAGACUCAUGGACAGAUCUGAUAAUGUAAUUGCUGAUGGUUUAAGUCGUUACACUUACUCCACCACCAUUUCCAUUGAUAAUAAUGAUCUAAUUGCAAUGAUUGAAAAUGGAUAUAUUGAAGAAGAAACACAAAUAAAGAAUAAAACAAUACACCCUUCAAAAUAUUACAAAUCUAAAUCUGUGAAAACAGAAGGUAAACUUAAAUAUUUUGAAGAUAAAAUAGUAGUUCCUCAAGUUCGCUCUAUUAUUAAACGUAUUCUUUUCAUUAGACAUUUCAUUUGGGAAGGAAUAGCCAAAGAUGUCACUAAUUAUGUCAAAGCUUGUCAUACUUGUAACAAAGCAACUGAUGCUCGUGGACAAUCAAUUGGUAAACUUCAACCACUUAUUGUUCCAACUAAAUGUUUUGAAAGCAUCAGUAUGGAUUUUAUUCCAUUAAUUGAUACAGAAUACAAAGGUAUUAAAUAUAAUAAAGUCUGGGUAAUUGUUGAUCGUCUAUCAAAGAUGGUACGACUCAUACCAGUUCAUUCAACUUACACUUCCAAAGAUUUAGCUGAAAUCUUUAUGAAAGAAAUAUUCAAACAUCAUGGCAUGCCUGUUGAAAUUGUCUCUGAUAGAGAUUCAAAGUUUACUAGUAAAUUUUGGAAAGAUCUGAUGGAUAUAUUAAAUUGUGAAAUCAGAACUACCACUGCAGAAAAUCAACAGGCCAAUGGACAAGUGGAAAGUAUAAUCAGAUACUUAGAAAACCACGAUGAAUGGAUAACUUUAGUUGAUACAAUUGAAUUUUGUGUAAACAAUUCCAUCCAUCACGGAUGCGAAUACUCUCCUUUUAAAAUCUAUACAGGUGAAAAUCCAAUAACACCACUCUCUCUUAUUCAAUACAAAUUGAAAAUGAACUCAUCAAACGUUGAUAUCGAAAACAUGAUCAACUCAAAGAGAAAUCAACUCAAAAUUGUUAGAAAUUGGUUAUUCGAUAAUCAUUAUAACAUGAGAAUUCAAUAUAAUAAGAAUAAGAAAGAAAUGGAUAUUAAAGUAGGUGAUAGUGUUUAUCUAAGAAAGUUUAGAUCAAACCCUAAAAACAAAAUCAAAUUAGAAACAAGAUUUGAUGGUCCAUACGAAGUAACGAAUGUCAAUGGAUUAAAUGUCACAGUUGCCAACGUUGAAUCUGGUACAAAGAGAAAAAGAAUCAAUCCAUCCUUCACUAGACAUGCUAAAUACUUCAAGAAACACAACUCUUUAGACGAUGAGGAUGAUGAUGAUAUUGAAUUUGGCGAAGUUGAAGAAGAAGAUGAAAUUGAAAUCGAUUCAAUUACUCAAAAUGAACAAAACAAUCAGAGUAACAACAACGACGACACAGAUGACACUGAAGCCAUGGACAUUGAUUCAGAAUUAGAUCUGGUAACAAACAACAAUUCAACUACAAACAACAAUCCACCUAUCAAUACACCAGAUUCAAAGACUUUAAUUUUGGAUAAUAUUCCAAACUCAACUACUACUCAUCCAAUCAUUCAUAAUACAUUCACAUUCCACAAUGAAAGAUGA